AAAAAGAGAGAUAAAAAAGAUAUAUAAAAGUUGAGCGCUUUCAUUUCCACUACAUCCCUCAUGGUUUGAAUCUCCCUCCGCCCUUCUCCCUUCUCCCUUCUCCUUCUCACAUGAACACUCUCUCCUCCAACUUCCGAUCCCGACUCCGCCUCGACCCCGCCACUCUCCUCCCCCUCAAACCCUCCUCCCACACCCUCCUCCUCAUCCACCGCCGCCGCCGCAGCAGCAGCUCCGCCUCCUCGGCGGUUAAUGGCGCCGUUAAUGGCGCCUUUAGGGUUAGGUCGGCGGCUAGGGUUUUGGAGGCCCAGCUCAAGGAGGAGUGGCUGGGCUCCCUCUCCUUCCCCUUCCCCGAUAACGGCCGUUCCCCGGCGCCGGAUUCUAACGGCGGAGGCGGCGGGGAGUCGGGCGCCGAGUGGGUCGUCGGGAUCGAUCCCGAUGCUUCGGGGGCCUUGGCGCUUUUGAAACCGGAUGGUUCUGCUUUUUGUGCUCAGGUUUUUGACACGCCCUAUUUGCAAGUACUUGUUGGAAAAAGAGUUCGAAAACGAUUAGAUGCGAGGUCUAUAAUCCACUUGCUGCGUAGCUUUGGUGCACCACCUGGAACUAGAGCAUAUAUUGAGCAAUCAAAUCCUUUUCCAAAAGAUGGGAAACAGGGUUGGUGGAGUGGAGGCUUUACGUAUGGAUUAUGGAUUGGAAUUUUAGUGGCAUCAGGAUUUUCAGUUGUGCCUGUGCCAUCUAAUUUGUGGAAGAAUUACUUUGGACUUUCCCGUAGUACCUCGAGCAAGGAUGAUAGCAGGAAAGCUGCAUCUGUCUUGUUUCCAGACUUGGCUUCUUCGCUGAAGAGGAAGAAGGAUCAUGGACGAGCUGAGGCUCUUCUUAUUGCAGCCUAUGGAAAGGGGCUUGCACUAGUAGUAGAAUCAGAACCAGAUGCAACGUAGAAAUUGCAUGAGAUUAUUAUUAUUUUUUUUGGUAAAUUAUUUGUGAUAAUUGUUGCUUCCAUUGUUUUCUGAUUUACAAAUCAACUUUAGGGUGGAAUGGAUUGAAGGGAAGCUGAAGGACUGUUGUUGUGUAAAGAUUAUAUUUCUCAUUGAGGUAUUUUUGUUGUGACUCAUCAAA